CUGGUAUCCUGUAUACAGUUUACGUCAUACCUUUGGUUUCCAGAGAUAAAGUUUCAAGUGAAAGAGGAAGAUGUCUAAAAUGUAAACGUGAAGUGGAUUAUGUUUCACGCCUAUCAUGAUGAAUGGAGUGACGACAAAUGGGGCUCCAGUCACACCCAAAAGUGAAGACAAAAGCAAGAGAAAGGGGUCAGAUCCUUUGAUCUCUACUGCCAGAGGGAAGUUACAGUCACGAAGAUCUAAGCUCAAUGAUCAGAUCAAUCGUGAACUACGUAUGAGAAAUGGAGCAGAGAACCUGUUUAGGGCAACAGGCAAUAAAAGACUGAAGGAGUUGGUGGCUGUAGAGUUAUCUUUCUUUAAUUCUAAUAUACAGUUAUUAAAGGAAGAACUUUCAGAUCUGAACAGCAAUGUAAUCGUUUACCAACAUGAAAACUGUACCAGUAAUGUACCUAUGAUACCAUUAGGACUGAAGGAAACAACAGACUGUGAUAUAGAAAUACCUAUAAAGGACUUUAUAUUGGAACAUUACAGUGAAGAUGGAACUGUUUAUCAGACAGAGAUAGAUGAACUAUUACUGUUUAGAAAGGCAAUAAGAACUCCACAGAGAAAUGAAGAAGGUGUGGAAUUAUUAACAGAAUAUGUUAAUCAGUUGUAUUAUGUGGAGAAAAGAUUUUCUGAUAAGAUGACUGGUUUACAUUUUCACUGGUAUGACUCCUUAACUGGUGUGCCAAACACACAGAAAACGAUAGGAUUUGAGAAAGGCAGCGUGCUGUUUAAUAUUGGUGCUUUAUAUACUCAAAUAGGUUGUAAACAGGAUAGAACAAAGGAAUCUGGAAUAGAAUCUGCUAUAAAGAGCUUCCAGUUAGCAGCAGGAACAUUAGGGUACAUACACAAUCACUUUACAAACCCUCCCAGUAUGGACAUGCAACCAGAAUCAUUGACCAUGUUAGUACAGCUGAUGAUGUGUCAAGCUCAAGAAUGUGUAUUUGAAAGAUUUGUUAUGACAGAUCUGCAGGAUGGAAUGGUGCCUUAUAUUAAAGCUGCUCAAGAAGCCAUGAUGGUAUCUGUGUAUUAUGAAGAAACAGCAUUAUUGAUGUCAUCAGACCCAGUAAAGGAUUACAUACCCUACUCAUGGAUAUCAAUGGCUCAAGUUAAACAUGAGUAUUUCAAAGCUCUGGCUCAUCAUAAUAUGGCUUGUGCAAUAUUAGAUCCUAAUGAUGUAGAGGAUGAAUAUUCACUUCAGUAUUUCCUUUCUGCUCAUCUUAGUACUGAAGAAGAUUCAAAUGAGAAUAGCAAGAUGAAAAUCCCACGAAGUCCUGAAGAGAGACUUCAGAUAGGGAAAGCUCAUUUGAAAGAAUCUUUGAACUGCUAUGAAGAAGCUUUACGUCUACAUGAUUUAUGUAAACAACUUAGAAAGAUUGACACCUUCCUCGAUAUACUGAAAACUUCACACGAUGAAUGUUUAAAGAAGUUUUCUGAACUGGAAGAAGAAGAUAACUUCAGUUUAGAUUUUGUUCUAUCACAGACCAUCGUUCACAGGUCAGAGAGAACACUAGAAACCCUUACACCAGACUUCAAAUGUGUCAAGGUCAAAGAUAUAUUCUCCAGACUGGGUCCUAUUGCAAUAUUUAAUGCCAAGAAUGAGUGGUCUGCUCCACGGACUGUGAUUCUGAAGAAGAAUCAUGACCAAGGAUUUGGAUUUAGUGUUCGUGGAGACUGCCCUGUUAGGAUUGCUGAGAUAGAACAGGGAAGUGUUGCUGAGGCUGGUAGACUGAAGGUUGGUGAUUUGGUAGUGGCUGUUUGUGGCAGAGACACUAAGUGGUCUAAACAUGAAGAGGUUGUUAAUUAUGUUAGAAAGUGUGGUAAUUCAUUAGAGCUUAGACUGACAACACCGCUGGAAGUUCCUGAUUCCUCUAGGGGGUCAUCAUCACCCUGUACCCCAAGGUCACCAAUGAACAUGAAGGGUGAUAGUAUGUCUAGUCACAGUAUUAAAAGUAACCGUAGUAGACUUAGUGCUCCAUGGAUUUUCAUGAGGAAAGGUUCAAAAGAAAAGUCAGACAAGCCUGAAAAAAGUAAAGAGUUAGAAGAUGGAGAAAUAUUUCUUAGAUAACAAUUUGUUUAAACUGUUGAAUGUUGGUUGGAUAGCACACUUAUGAAUUCUAAGUAUUUAAGCAGGUUAAGAAAUCAUAAACUUUAGUGAAAAUGUACAGACAAUGCAGUGUUCUCCCCAGGGCCUUUUAGCAUCAUGGUAAUGUGAUGCUAUCUGAAAUGGUUUUCUUAUAGAUUGUGUUAUGGAUGUGAUGCUAUAAUUUUUAGAAACAAGAUGGUAUUUCAAAUUUCCCUGUUUACCAGGAUGCUAAAUGAAAUAUCUAGAGAGAACACUGACAAUGUACUUUUUUAAUGAUCUGUAGCCACAUUGUGUGGAAAAAUAAUUCAUUACUUUUCCUUUUAAAGUGUUUGAUAAUAAUUGAAUAUUUUUCACUUUUUCCAUUGGUUUCUAAUUACAGUGAUAUUAUUUUUAUGAUUAAUCAGAUAUAUUUUUGGAAAUUAAAAUAAAUUCAAUAUUGAUCAGAUAUUUUACUUUAGAGAUGUGAACUUGUAAAUGUCUUCCUACUUCACAAUAAUUUGAUAGAAAAAUUACAUUUAACCACAUUUUUAGGUUGUUAUAUGUGUAUUUUGAGUUUAAGGUAUUGUUAGAUUAUGACAUAAAGGCAAUGAUGGCUACAACUGUAAACCAAAGACAGCAUUGUGUUUAUAUCUUUGUUUUGUCUAGUAAUCAGAAAUCCAUUGUAUAGAUUGCACAUGGUAUAGUAUGUAGUAAGUUAUAUAUAAAUGUAAAAUGUGUAAUACAUGUAGAUGUCAUAAGUGUAAUAAUGUAGAUUUCGUAGUGUAUAAUAAUACAAAGUCAGGGUAAAAUUUACUUUCAUGCCAGAAAGGUUUUUAAUUGUUCAUAAUGUUAUUUCAGGAAUUACAGUUUUACCUAAAAAAAAAGUGAUAUAAAUAAAUUUGCAUGUGUUCUUUUAAUAGUAGAAAAAUAGCUGAGGUCAAAGAGCAACAUUUGGCAGAUGCUUGUCCAUGCAUAAAAUUUUGAAUGUCCUACGAUCUUAUGAUACUAAAUAUUGCAUUAAAACCAAUAAUAUAUUGAAGUGCCCCUUUUUGAAAACGUAUUUCUGAAAUAGCAUAAUUAAACAGAUAGAUACAAAAUGCCAGUAAUUCCAUAUUCAACAAUAAUAAACAUUUAUUGAACAGUGCAAUAACUUUUUCAUUUAUCAACAAAACCAUACACAAUUUGUCUUUUAUGAACAUUCAUUUAAAAAUUCGGUCUUUCUUUUAUAUUCUUUGAUAAUUUCUCAACAGUAUACAGUUUUCUUUUCUAUUAUCCUCUGAUGUAUGACUGCUACUUAGUGAAUAUUGAUUUUAUAUGUCAUUCGUUGAAAAUGAUGGCAUAGGGUCAAAUUUGUUUUAAAAUAAAUUUGAUGUCUUAUAGAGACUUAUAAGAGGAUUCAAUAAGAUUUCUUAUUCUCCACAUUGAUUAAAGGAGAAAAAAUAUUGUAAUGUAAUGUGGAAAAAAAUUAAAUCUUAUACAGUUGAUUUUUUUAAUUAAAAAAUUGUAUAUUUGUCAAUAGAUUUAUCACUGUUUUGGAAUGUCAGCUUUGUCUAUAUAUUUUUGCAAUGAUAACUUAGCACAUGAUUUAUAAAAUUGUUUGAAAUUGUAUAUAUUACAUUAAUUCUGUGCCAUGAAACAAUCAAAAUUCCCCUGUGUCAAAUGAAAAAAUCACUAGUUUUUAUAACACUUAAGUGCUAUAUAUAUAUUUGUGCUUUUUUUGUCCUGUUUUUGUGCUGGUUGGUAAUUUUGAUAAUUUUUGCAUAUUUUGUAUUUGUUUCACUUCAGAGUUAAGAUAUUUCUUUUGUUAGAAAUUUUGGGCUUCAGGCAUAAAAGUCCAUAUGAAUUUUUAUCCUUAAUAGAUAAUUUAGAUAAUCUGCAAUCAAUUCCAUCUUCAUGCCUAAUAUAUCAUGUACUGUGUUACAACUCUAGAUUAUACUGAUGAGGAAAGGUAACACUAUGCCACCGAAAGCUGAAUUUUUAGUUCAGUCUAGGUGGCCGAGUGAUCUAGAGCACUAGACACGGUGCAGGCGAUGUUGUUUCGAUAUCCCAAUAGUAUGAGUUCGAAUCCCGGCGAGGGAAGAACAAAAAUUAACAGAUUUAACAUUGUUGUGCUGAUAUUUAGAGUAAUCAUGUUGUCUAUACUGACAUACAUUGUGUCUCUAUAGACAUACCUAUUUUUAUAAUGACAUUGUCCAUACCAAAAUAAGAGUAGCAGUAUUAACUUUGAUUAGAGCAGAUUUUCAUUUUCAUUAAAGAAGUAAUUCUAACAUUUUUCCAGUAAUAUUGAUUGUCCGGUAGGCCUUUCCAUUUCUGUGAUAUAGCGUUAAAUGAACAGACUUAUAUAAGGGGUGUAAUUACCAACUAGUAUUGUAGUAAUUUACUCAUUAAUGAAUUUUAUUGCCAUCACAGGGUUCAUUGUAUAUAUAUAAAAACUGGUACUUGCCAAGCCAGUAUUGUACUUAAUGACAUUAUGUCAUAAAAAUGUUAUAUUUAUAGAUUAAUUUUAAAAGCCAUAAUGUAUUGGCCGUUUUAAUUUAAUUACAAGAAUAGUAAGUUUCAAAAUGAAAACAAAUACACUGUUUUUUAUGAUAUUAUGCAAUAUAUAAAUAUUUUAUUCAUAUUUCUAUUAUAUACAUAUAUAUAUAUAUAUACUCAGAUAGAUAGUAUUAUGACUUUGCUCACAUUGAUUCAUUACUUUUAGUUCUACAUAUUUGAAUAAGCAUUCUGAACAAUGGAUAUUUAACAAAUGGCAUACCAUUAUUUUGAUUUUGUCCGUCAAACAUUUAAAUUUAUAAUACCAAAUUUUUUAGAUUCUGAAUAGGCAUAAAUACAUAACAAUCAAAGAGGCAACCUAAAUCAGUAAUUUUUUAAAAGGAUGUUAGUAAGUCUUUAUAUGAUUUGUAAGUUGAAACGUAUUUGCUUAUGAAAACUUUCACAUAUUUAACUGUUACUUAAAUGUUAUCAAUACAUAAAUAUGAUUAAUGAUUUAAAAUCAUUUUUGACAUAAUCUAAUCAAACUUAAUGCUUCCAACAGAGCUUUUUAUUACUUGUUAUGUUAUAGAUAUUUUGUUAAUGAUUUGUGCUGUAUAUGUUUGUUUUAAGGUGAGAGGUCAUAUAUAGAUUAGUAGUACUAUAUACAUGUGCACAAACUAAAAGAAACUCACUGUGUAUAACCAUUAUUUGCACAAGAAAAGUAUAUAAGAUUGUUUUAUGCAUGUUUUUAUUUCAUAAGUAUUCCAUCCAAAAUUUUAUGUAUUAAAUAAUUUUCUACUUGAAAAAUUUAAGCUAUGCGUUUAUCUUGGUUUACAAUAUCAUGUAUUUUAAGAGCCACUCUGUGUAAAAUACCAAAGAAUUUGAUCACACUCAUGUAUCCGUUGACAGGUCUUUUUGAAUUAAACCUACUUGACAAGCUUUUUGUGUGACAUUUGUACGUGGACCUUAAACAACUAUUUUUCUGACCAGACCACAAUACUACCGGUAUUUAGUUUUCAAGCCAUUUGUUUUAGCUUCAAAUUGUGAAUUAUUUGAAUGUCAGCAUUGAUUGAAAAACAUGAGAAAAGAAUUGUCAGUAUUUUUAUACUUGUUGAAAUGAAAAUAAUUUUAUUGAUUAGGGGUUUCAACCAUUAAAGGCUUUGAUCAUUACACAGAAGGGCUCUUGAAAAUAACCUUAUCAGCAUUAUUCAUAGACAAUGGUAUAUUUGAUAAUCAAACUUGAUUUGGUUUUUUGGUCCAAACAUCAAUAACAGAAAUAGUGAUAUUUUAAUUUUAUUAUUGCGAAUACAGUAUAAAAUGCUGCUUGUAUGUAAUCAAUUUUUCUGUAUUAAAGUUGUAACAAAUUAACAUAUUUUUUUACAUUCAUGAACAUUAUUUAUAUUAACUUUCCAACACAAUGCAGCAUGUUUUAACACUUAAUUUAUCUUGCAAACAAGGUUAGUUUUAUUAUAUAAAAAAAUAAAAGGUAGUCCUGAUCAUGGGAUAUAAAGUGGAUGAUACUAGUGCUGAUCAUCUGACAAAAAAUGAUUGAUACUGGAUUUCUGGAAAUAUGAUAAUAGGUAAUGAAAGACAAAUUUGACAAAGUAUAUUGAAAAUAAUUGUUAUAACUUGUGUCCAGUCCCUUUUGCUAUUCUAACAAAUAAAGUAUGUUAAAACUAAGUUGGCAAAUAUGCAAUUCAUAUAACCAGAAUAAUUCACUUGUUACAACCUGCUCACUAUGAUCACAUUAAGGGUACCAGGCUGAAUACUACUGAUGUAGAAUUUAUCUAAUUUCCUUUUAACAAUCCUGCUAUUUUUAUUAACAUUAAAUGUUUGUUACAUAUAUUACAAAUAAUAAUGUUUUAUUAAACAUAAAAUUAUUGAUUAUAUAAUGUUUUGCCUUGAAAUAUCAAAUAACACCCUGGCAUAACAGAAAUUUUGAAUAGGAACUUGAUGCUGAAAUUUAAAUCAUCAGGGUCAUUUGAAGUUUAUAAUUUAACUAGUGAAGGUCAUUUGUGGUAUGUCCAAGGUUAAAAAGUAAAGGGUCAUGUCAGCCUAACCAGAGUAUAUUGGCCACAGUAGAACAUUGUAUACAAUACAUUAAAUAAAGUGUGUUUUUUUUCUUCCAAAUUGAUGGUUGUGAGUUAGUAAACUGUAAUGCAGGUUUAUUUGGUACAAAUUGAAUGAGUUUGAAUAUCCCUGUGGUAUCUUUCGCCUCUCUCUUAUACAAAAAGACCUUUUUAAAAAAACAUUUUUGAUAUAAUGCAAAAAAAUAAUAGCUAUUUAAAAAUGUGCUUGUUGAAAACUGUAAAAACAUUCAAUGUUAAGUUAUGGCUAAAUGGUAGUCAAAGUUGUUAAACACCCCCUAGUAGUAGUUGAAUUUUAAUUUGUCAAAAUCAAAAACGUAAUUUCUAGUUUAUUUACCUUGUAUAUUUUUGCAUUAUUUUAAAACAUGGCUAGAUUUCGAAAAGCUUUGAGCAAGUGAUAAUUUUAUUACAAAUAAUCAAAAUAUUGACAAAACUUAAUUUUGUGUUUACAUUUUUAAAGUAUAUUUAACAUUAUACCAUGUACUUAAUUUUCCCUCAUAUUUCAUUUAAUUACUUAUAGUGAUAACCAGUUAAAUUCUCAUGUAAUUGAUAUCUAAACAGUGCAACAUAGAUGUUGCUAUCCAACGAUGUUAGUAUAAAUCAAAGCAAAUACUAUAUGUGUGAACAUACACAUCCUAAUAAGUUGUGAAGUUUUAUAGAUUUAUUGUGACGUUUGUUAAAGAGGUUGUUAUGAAAUUGAUAUUUUAUGUUGAAUAUUUACAUAUAUAUAUAUUUGAUCACAGUAUUCAAUUAUACAAUUUUGUGAUGUUAAAGCAAUAAAAGCAAUAAAUAAAUACUUACAAUAUGA